AUGGCCAAAUCCAAAGCCGCCAAGCGCAAGCGCAAUGCGCAAGUCGACCUUCCACAAAAAGCGCCAAAGGCCGCUACUACGCUGACACCGCCUCCUGAUGGCGAGCCCAAGCACCUCAAAACGAUUGUCCCCGACGAGGAUCUCGAGAUCACCAUCGAGACGCUCACAGCUCUCGCACAAUACCCAAGCCUCACCAAGUCGAAGGCAUGCAGGGACCUGCGAGCUGCAGUCUAUGACUUCCGCCAAUCCUGCACCACGGGGGCCAACGCCGCUGAGGGCGCAAACUUGACAGCACGAAUCACCGGUGCUCUGGCCGACGAGAAAUACAUCGACGCCAAGAUCCUGCUCGCCGAGAUGAGAAUUCGGGGCGAACAACCAAAGAUCGGAGCCUUGUGUCGCUGGGUACGGGAUCUGGACGUCGUCAGCGGUCUCUCAACGCAACCCGAUGCAAUCGAUCGUGUCCCGUUGGAGCGCAGCGCAAAGGAUAUGGAACUUCUCGGUGUCCUUGAUGCUAUCUUGCGCGUCAGCACCCCGAUCGACACCAACCCGAAGGCCGUCGACUCCACCUCUCCCAUCGCCUUCCAGUCCAUCUGGGACCUCCGCCCCUCGACGGCACCACUCCCCGUCUACGCCUCCGUCCUUGACAAAUCUAUUCUAGCUGACGCGCCCAAGUCACCAUCCGCCCUCCGCGUUAUCGAAACAACCCCCGGCCCACUCCGCAAACCCCCGAAUCACCAUCCCGCCAUCCUCUACACUACCGCCCCGAACGCCGUCCCGCUAGCCCCCGUCGGCCCAACCAUAACAUACCACCCACAUCCCUCCGUGCCAGGCCUUGGCCUGGCCCUAAAUGUGCUCUCCACCGCCGAGUGCAAAGCAAUCAUCGCGGCCGGCGAAUCCGUCAAUUUCCUACCGGAUGCGCCCCUUCGGGAAGAUGGCGACGUGAGUAUCCUUGCACACAAUUUCUACUGGGUAGUCGACACCACUUUCCACGACAUGCUCUGGGCGCGCAUCUCCCGUUAUGUACCGCAGUCUAUCAACGGCCGCUUGGCUCGGGGUAUCAAUCGACGCUUCCGCGUAUACCGGUACGUUCCCGGCGCCGAGUACCGGUGCCACAUUGACGGAGCCUGGCCACCGUCCGGCAUCCUCCCCGAUGACACGUAUGUGUACGACGCCUCGCCGGAGGACAAGAGACAGAGCUCUAUGUAUACAUUCCUACUCUAUCUAAACGAUGAGUUCGAGGGCGGAGAGACGACUUUCUUCAUGCCCGCUGCGCGGGAAGGAACCCUCAAUGCGUACCCGGUGCGACCUGUCAUGGGAGCCGUUGCGAUUUUCCCGCACGGAGAGGCCAAUGGGGCCUUGCUACAUGAGGGAACCGGGGUAAGGAAGGGCGCGAAGUAUAUUAUCCGGACUGACGUAGAGUAUGAUGUUAAACCUUGUGAAGAGUAA